GCCGGGAGCGGCGGCAUGGCCGGGCCGCACCUGCAGCAGCCCAGCUUCCUCCUGGCCACGCUGAAGGCGGAUUGUGUCAACAAACCCUUUGCGCAGAGGUGCCACGAUCUGGAGACGGUCAUCGAGGAGCUGCCUGCUAAGGAACUGCAUGGCAUCUUCCCAUGGCUGGUGGAGAGCAUUUUUGGCAGCCUGGAUGGCAUCAUCGUGGGCUGGAAUCUUCGCUGCUUGCAGGGAAGAACAAAUCCUAAUGAAUAUUCUGUGGCUUUGGAUUUCCUGGAUCCCAGUGGACCGAUGAUGAAGCUGGUUUACAAACUCCAAGCAGAAGAGUACAGAUAUGAUUUCCCAGUCUCAUACCUUCCAGGCCCUGUGAAAGCUUCAAUACAAGAGCAAGUUCUGCCAGAAUGCUCCUUAUACCACAACAAAGUCCAGUUUCCUUCAUCUGGUGGUGUGGGCUUGAAUUUGGCUCUUAAUCCAUUUGAAUAUUACAUGUUCUACUUUGCAAUUAGUUUGAUUACACAGAAGAACUCACCUGUCACCCAUCAUGUCAGCCCUUCCAACAGUGCUUAUUUCAUCCUGGUGGACACAUACCUCAAGUGUUUCCUGCCCACAGAAGGAAGUGUCCUUCCCCCACCUUCUUCAAAUCCUGGGGGAACCAUCCCUUCCCCUACUCCCAGGUCCCCAGCAGUGCCUUUCUCCUCCUAUGGCAUGCACCACACCAGCCUGCUGAAACGGCACAUUGCCCACCAGCCCUCUGUGAACGCUGACCCAGCCUCCCAGGAGAUCUGGAGAUCAGAAACACUGCUUCAGAUUUUUGUUGAAAUGUGGCUUCAUCAUUAUUCACUGGAAAUGUAUCAGAAAAUGCAGUCCCCGCAUGUCAAGCUGUCUUCACCAGUGGCAGAUUUCUGCCUCUCACACAGUAGUCAUUUAAGCAAACCUUGCGUGGAAGAAAAGAUCAGAAUUUGCAUGGCUGUCACCCAGAUUAAGGAGUCAUUCAAGCCCACUGAAGAGCACGUGCUAGUGGUAAGACUGCUUGUGAAACAUCUGCAUGCUUUCAGCAACAGCCUGAAACCAGAGCCUCUCUCCCCUUCAGCCCAUUCUCACACAGCCAGCCCACUGGAGGAGUUUAAAAGGGUUGUGAUUCCUCGGUUUGUCCAGGAGAAGCUUUAUAUCUUUCUGCAGCACUGUUUUGGCCACUGGCCUCUGGAUGCCUCUUUCAGAGCAGUUCUUGAGAUGUGGUUGAGUUACUUGCAGCCCUGGAGGUACGCGCCCGAAAAGCCACCACAAAGCACGGAGCCUUUGCCUCGCAGUGUCUCGGAGAAAUGGGCUGCCUUCAUUCAAGAAAACCUGCUCAUGUAUACCAAGCUGUUUGUGGGAUUUCUGAACAGAGCUCUUCGAACAGACUUGGUCAGUCCAAAAAACGCCCUCAUGGUGUUCCGAGUAGCUAAGGUCUUUGCUCAGCCCAAUCUAGCUGAAAUGAUCCUGAAAGGAGAACAGUUAUUCCUGGAGCCAGAACUUGUCAUUCCCCACCGUCAACACCGACUUUUUAUGAGCCCCACUCUUGGUGGGAGUUUUUUGUCAUCACGGUCUCCAGCUGUUACAGAUGCCUCAUUUAAGGUGAAGAGUCAUGUUUACAGCCUGGAAGGACAGGACUUCCAGUACAAACAGAUGUUUGGCACAGAAGUCAGGAAUUUGGUGUUAAAACUGGCUCAGUUAAUUUGUCAGGCACAACAGACAGCAAAGUCCAUAUCAGACCAUUCUGCAGAGACAAUGGCCAGCCAGUCCUUCUUCUCAUGGUUUAGAUUCACACCAUCUGAAGUGAAUGGUUCCUACACAGGCAAUGACCUUGAUGAAAUUGGGCAGGACAGCAUCAAAAAAACAGAUGAAUAUUUGGAGAAGGCACUGGAAUAUUUGUGCCAGAUCUUUAAGCUGAGUGAAGCCCAGCUCACCCAGAUGAUGAUGAAGUGUGGGACAGCUCAAGAUGAGAAUGGAAAAAAACAACUUCCAGACUGCAUUGCAAGUGAGAAUGGCCUCAUUCUUACACCUCUUGGCAGGUACCAGAUCAUAAAUGGCUUACGGAGGUUUGAGCUGCAGUAUCAGGGGGAUACCGAGCUCCAGCCCAUCCGGAGCUACGAAAACGCCGCUCUGGUCCGGCUGCUGUUCCGCCUGUCCUCGGUGCUCAACGAAAGGUUUGCUGAUCAGAUGGAAGUGCUUUGCUCCAGGGACGAUUUUGUUGGCAGACUGUGUCGCUAUCAUCUGACCAACCCCCAGCUCGUACAGAAAAUCAGGUACAGCCCUGUGGUGAGGGACAGAACGAGCCAGAACUGGGGACCCAGGAUCAGUCUGAGGUUUCUGGCCAGCUACAGGACUCUGAUAUCUUUGCUGAUGAUCUACUUCCUUGCAUCCUGGUUUUAUGUUGGGCCAGUUGGCUGCACAUUCAUUAUCCUAACUGGGUAUUUUCUUUAUGCUGUAAUAAUGACUUUUUUCUUUGAAGGAUGGAAACCACAUGAACACUAGUUUCCUCUUCCUGGCUUGCAAAAAUAAAUGCUUUAAGGAUGAGCCUGGGAUUAUGACUAAAAUGUUUUAAUUGUAUCAGAUCUUCCUAAGAUAUUUUUUAAUACUAAACUUAAUGGAGUUUUAUAAACAUUGAUGUGGCCUUGUAGAGAUGAUAAUCAAUGUAAAUUUUAUUUUUAUAAAAGUGUUCCUGUAGACUCUAA